AGGGGGCAGCAGAUAACUCACCAGCACAGGGGCUUGCCGUAAAUCUGAAUUAGAAGAAGAACGCCGAGCCGCCUGCUGCGAGCUAACACGGAACUAGCAUAGCGUGCUACUCGGCAGCGUUAACGCUUCGAAAAGGCGCAUUCACUUGCUUCGCAAGUUUUCAGGCUUGGAUUUCUGUCUAAAUUAAGCAAUUUGAUGCGGAUGGACUAAGUUUUGGAUUGGAACUAGGAUUAGGAUAAGGACCACUUCCACAGCUGUUUGUGACAACAAAAAGAAAAGUGAUCUUAAAGUCUGCAGGUGCCCCAAUUCUUUGUCAGCAGUGCCACUCCAUCAACCACCAUGUCUGAUGGCCGGAUCUAUGUCGGGAAUCUCCCCGUGGAUGUCCAGGAGAGAGACAUUGAGGAUCUCUUCUUCAAAUAUGGAAAAAUCCGUGAUAUUGAACUGAAGAACAAUAGAGGCACUAUCCCUUUUGCCUUCGUCCGAUUUGAAGACCCACGGGAUGCGGACGAUGCCGUCUAUGGAAGGAAUGGAUACGGAUAUGGAGACUCCAAGCUGCGUGUAGAGUAUCCUCGAUCUACUGGUGCUAAAUUUGGUCCAAUGGGAGGUGGUGGUGGUGGUGGUGGAGGAGGAGGAGGAGGAGGAGGAGGAGCACCUAGGGGAAGGUUUGGACCCCCAACUCGGAGAUCAGAAUUUCGCGUCAUUGUGACUGGGUUGCCACCAAGUGGGAGCUGGCAGGAUCUGAAGGAUCACAUGCGCGAGGCAGGCGAUGUUUGUUUUGCAGACGUGCAGCGCGACGGAGAGGGUGUAGUGGAAUUUCUCCGCAGAGAGGACAUGGAGUAUGCUUUACGCAGACUGGAUCGGACCGAGUUUCGUUCACACCAAGGCGAGACUGCUUACAUCCGUGUCUACGAGGACAGGGGCACUUCCACUUCCAACUUCAGUCGGUCACGUUCCCGCUCCAGGUCCAGAGGUCGCUAUUCACCUCCCUAUAACAGAGGAUCUCCCCCUCCUCGCUACCAGUCGCCUCCACGCCACGCCAUGUCGCGUCAUAGCCCACCCCCGAGGAGGCACCCUCCACAGCACCAUAGCCCACCACCACGUCAUUAUCGGUAGAAAGGCCCAUCUUUUACUAAGGAAUUGGGGAAAAUGUUUUGUAGUUCUACUUUUAAUUUUUUUUUCUUUUUUACCCCAAUCCUACUCAUUUGAUACACCGUUGUUACUUCUUGCUACAUACAUUCCACAGUCAGGAUCCCUGAACACCAUGCUCCUUCCCAAAGCCUUAAAAAGCCUUUAUUUUAAUUUUUUUUUACACAUUCAUAUGUGUUAUCUGGAAGGCAAGAUUAAUGUUUUUCCCUCUUUGGUGAGAUAUCAGUUUUUGUGAUGGCAGACUUUGUAAGGAACCAGUUCAAAGAAAUAAUGUGAUAUUGUUCAAAACAAAUUACACCGUUCUGCAGCUAACAUGCUAAAGGUCAACCCUUUUUUUUUUAACUCUUUACAAAAUUUAUCCUGUCGCAAUUCUGAAGCUUGAACUAUAAAUCUUUUGCCAAAUUAAGAACCUGUGAAGCUAAUUUUUUUAAACGAUGUGUGAACUUCUGACCUAGGUGGACUAUAAUUUGUAUGUAUCUCUGAUGUUUUUUUUGUUUUUCUUCUUUACCAAUAAAAUGCAGAUUUUACUGUGA